AUGACAUACACAGGACUUCGACAAGAUGGUCGCCGUGCAAAUGAAUUGAGGAAGAUAAAAUGUAAACCUUCAGUAUUAAGUCAAGCAGAUGGAUCGUCCUACAUCGAACAAGGAAAUACAAAAUGUUUGGCAGCGGUUUACGGACCGAGAGAGGCUAGACAAAAGGGACAGAUUAUACAUAACAAAGCCAUAAUUAAUGUGGAACUCAGUUUGGCGCCUUUUAGUGUGUCUGAAAGGAAGAAGAGAGCGAAAUCUGACAAACGAUUAUUGGAGAUUGCAUCCGCAGUUAAACAGACCUUUGAGCCGGUUAUAAUGACAAGCUUAUUUGCUAGAUCCCAAAUUGACAUCUAUCUGCAGAUAUUACAAUUCGACGGAGGCACCGUUCAAAUAUGCAUUAACGCCGCCACCCUGGCCUUGAUAGACGCGGGAAUACCAAUGUUGGAAUAUGUUUGCGCGUGUUCGGUGGGAAGCAUUGAGGACACAAUUUUACUUGAUCUAAAUAACAGUGAAGAAACAUUUGAUACUCCGAGACUAACGUUGGCUUUGUUACCAAAAUCCGAAAAAGUUACCUUGCUUCAGCUCGAUUCGCGUCUUCAUGUUGAAAAGUUAGAGCUCAUCAUGAAAGUGGCGGCCGAUGGGUGCAAGGAGAUUUACGAGGUCUUAGAGAGUGCUACUCGUGAACAUAUAAAGGAUUUGCUCAAUAAGUCUAACCCAACUAAUUGA